GCAAUGUAACAGUAAGUUUCAGUAAUAAUCAGUGUUUGGCAUUGUAACAGUAAGUUUCAGUAAUAAUUAGUGUUUGGCAUUGUAACAGUAAGUUUCAGUAAUAAUCAGUGUUUUGCAAUGUAACAGUAAGUUUCAGUAAUAAUCAGUGUUUUGCAUUGUAACAGUAAGUUUCAGUAAUAAUCAGUGUUUUGCACGGACAUGCUGGGCGGUGUAUCGUUCGUAAUAACCAGGCUUCCAUUCAAAGCAUACUCGUGUAAUAUGCAAGCAGUACGCCGUGUGCUAAUGGCUGUAAUGAAGCGUGUUAUUUUGGUGGAGUAAACACAAUCGUUCAGCGCAGCAGGCGAAGGAAUCGCCAAGUGAUACACACUGGCGGAUCCAGAGGGGGUCACAGAUAUCCCAUGACCACCCUGUCCGUUUGAAGUGACCUUUUUAAUGAUUUGUUGUUUUUUCAAAUUCAUCAUCCACGAUAUACAGCACUAUAUUUCCCUGAAGAUGCAUCUCUGACCACCUUUAUUUCAACAUUUUCCGAGCAGCAAACCCCCAAAACGAUCUCGUCCCUUUGAUACCUCCAAUUGCCUUCCACAAACUCAAUUUGCCCUUUUUAGAAUUUGUCAUCUCCCCUUUACAAAAUCCUGUAUCCGCCCCUGACAUAAUCAAUCAACUAUGGUUGACGUGUUUACUAACGUUCAAACACGCCUGUACUGGGCUCGCCCGUCGAGUCUCCCUGAGAUAUCCGCCCCUGACAUAAUCAAUCAGCUAUGGUAGACGUGCUUACUAACGUUCAAACACGCCUGUACUGGGCUCACCCGUCGAGUCUCCCUGAGGUAUCCGUCUUAAAGUGAAGCUAUUUAAAUGCACGCACGUGUUGAUAGAAACGAUCUAUUUAUACGGCCCCGGUGAAUGACAGGUGGUUUUACGAUUAACGCACCACUUUACAAAUCAAUCGGCCAACAUGAAUGCCGUCUAAACCGGGCUUGUCGAACACGAUGACCUAUCUGACUCGGUGUAUCAGCUGGACCCAUUUCUCUGACACCCAUCUCUGGGUAACCACCUCAUUCGGGUUCGGUAUGCGGGUCACCAGUGUAUCAUAGCAUAAUGCCAUGUCGCCAAUAACAGCUGUUGGGUUACCAGUCAUCAGUUUACGUCGGGUUAUAUGGUGUGUGAGCAUGAUGGAAAUAUUCCUCCACCACUGGAGUGGAAUGGAUUGUUCUGGAUAACCACACUGUUGUGUCAAGCAAAUGAAUGCGUUCCAUGGAGGACAGCACGGGGUAAAGAUGCGGCGACGACACAAAGAUGAGAGACACAGGCCUCGAGAGAGGGGGGCGAGGGAGGACUCCUCCUAUCAGCCUAAUGAUGUCUCGAGCUCCGGCCACAAGCGUCGUCGUCAACAUACAGGCGAUGGACACGUUUUCCCGCGUUUUUCUCCGUGGGUCGUCUGCUUGGUUACGAUCGUCAUCAGAGUGAAUUACGUCAUCAAUCCAGAGAAUUGGUGGAUUCUACAUCCAGACGAAAUAUUCCAGUCUUUAGAAGUUGCCCAUUCUGAAGUGUUUGGCUAUGGUUUUCGAGCAUAUGAAUACCUGCCGGGCACGCUGGAUGCACGUGAUUCUGGUGUACGCGAGGGCGAGCUGAACCUCGGAAUGUCGAGCAUGCGCAGCUUCCUGUACCCACGAUUCUACAUCCUGGUAUCCUGGCUGGCUGACGUUUGCAGACUGCAAGUCUCACCUUUCUUGCUGUGGAAAGUGGCUCACACGUGCAUCACGUCCCUCCUACCACUCGCAGUGUAUUCGUUCGCGGUUGUGUUCUACAAAAAGAAGAACCCGGCCCAUGAUAUCGGUGUCAUUGCCGCUAUCUUGGUUGCAUCCAAUGUCCACUUAUCGGUGUUCGGGACCCACACUCUAGUGAACAGUUUCCUGGCCACGCCUGUAUUCUGGGCUCUUUCCGUGAUCUGGGAAAUCCUCGAGCCACCAGGCCAGGACCCUGACGAAGCGUACGAAUCACCUACACGAGAUACUGGAAGCGAAAGUAAAAUGAAGAAGGGAAUUACAACAGCUCCGCUCAGUAACAACACGAUGCCCAUUCUACAAAAUGGCCAUGCCGUUAGUGCAGACGUUUCGCAUGAAAAUAUCACAGACGAGUCAACUCCUAACAAAUUAUUUGUGUUUUUGUCGUCUGGCAUAAGCCUUCAGUUGAUAAACAAAUGUUUUUCAAUGACAACAAAAGUAGCUAGUCGGCGGACCAGAAGCAGUCAAAUGAUGCACAAGUCUGGAUUCAAAACUACUGCUGUAAGCGAUCAAAUAGAAGUGCGAAAUCCCGGCCGUCUGCUUGUUGCUAGUUUUGUACUUAUUAUUUGCUAUUAUGUCCGCAUCGACGUUGCUGUGGUUUCAUUUGUCACUAUUGUGACACACGUGACAAAGCUAUCGUCCAGGAGUGUUCCCAGUCUGUGUGUGUGCGUCUGUGGGUCUGUCUUAGCCUUGUUUCUAGCCAUUGUGGAGGAUUCGUUUUCGUACAAGUUCCUUGUCGUUUCUCCCUACAACUGGCUGCAGUUUAACGUGUUCAAGGAUUUGUCGUCAGCAGUGUUCGGGAGAAUGGACUGCAGCAAAUACUUGAGUGAUAUUUUUGUAGACGGCACUGUUUCUACGAGCAUAUCUUGUGUUAUGUUGCUAAUGUUUCUAUUUAAUUUGAUUAGAACAAUGCAGCCACUUAGUGAUGACCUAAAGGUGUGCUGGGUGAAUACAUUAAAGCUUUUUGUGUCUCUAGUAAUAUUAUUAGCGUUGUAUUCGACAAAGGGUCACAAAGAAAUGAGAUUCAUGCACAAUUUCCUAGUCCUUCUGUGCUUAUUCUACUCUGCAAUAUUCGUAAUAUUUAUUAAGCUGGUGAUAGAGAUGUCUAGUCGACAGGCAUUCGCAUUUGGUCUGAGUUUGUAUAUUCUAGGCCAGUGGUUCCAGUUUCCGUCCCCAGAUGGCGCCACAAAUACCUUCCUGACGUUUGAGAGUUCUCGAGACUCGCAACACAUUAUCCAGUGCAUGGACUACCUCCGGCAGCAGCGUGAUGUCACGGGUGUGUUCAUUGACGGUCACAUUCACACCAGCGGAGGCUACUCCGCCCUGCACAAAGACGUGCCCAUCAUAUCGCUAGUCCAUUACGAAUUCUUUGAAUUCGACAAAGAUGCUGCAAGAAGCACGCCAUCCAUCGCGCUGUUCCACACCAAGAACAUAACUGUGAAGACGUUUUCUGAAACCUCCAACUUCAUCACAAUGCACAACACACCGCUGCUGCUGAGAGAGUUGAUUUUAAAUAAACACUAUAACUACUUGAUUCUGGGCGUCAACAGACAGUUUAUUCAAGUGGGAUACCACGAGGUUUACAGAUCGGGAAUUGUCAGGAUUCUCAAAAGACUCAGAGAUCCGGCACAGGAGAAUCAGCUGAAUGAAAUUGCUAAAACAAUUCCCAUUGGUUCAAAUGCGACCAUCUUGGAGUACGAAGGGUCGUGGUUGGUCAGAUUCAAACGGUACCAGAAAGCUGCAGAACGAUUGGCUUCUUCAGUGAACUUGGAUUUUACCAGGGUAGGCGCGUUUCAGCUGCUAGCUCACUGCUUCUUCAAAAUGGGACAGGAGGCUGAAGCCAAGAAGAUCAUGUUGAAAUGUGCUGAACUGAAUGGAAAACAAAAAUGCACUACGCCCAAAGAAAGAAUCAUACUGCACGAAGAUUACAUUCUCAAGUGAUUUAGAUGUAAUAUGGAGUGAUGUAUAUUCAGAUUUUGCAUGGUUUAUUAUCAAAUUAACGGCUGACGUUAUAUCGGAAUUAUCAGUUAAUGGAUUAUAGUGCAUGGGCAGCAUCAUUUAAUGGGUGAUACUGUGGGGUACAUGGACAUCAUAUUUUAAUGAGUGAUACUGUGGGGUGCAUGGACAUCAGCAUGCAAUGGGCGAUGGUGUGGUGGUGCAGGGUACAUGCACUGAGUUCCUUUGUAAUUUUUACCGGUAGUGGGUUUCUCAUAUUGUAGAUCAUAUUUUACCGUUUACUCUAUAUAUACUCAUAACGAACUAAGGGAAAGCAACUGAUGGCCGUUAUACAGAGCACCCGUAUCCACACACACAAAGAGAAACAAAACGAAUGUUUGUUUAACAAUACCUCGAAGUAUUUUAAUAUAUACUCUUGAAGAACGGCAGCAGCAGGGAAUAUUUUCCACAAAACAUUAUAUACCAGUCAUAGGGCACUGCUUUUGAGGCGGGGGGGGGGGGGGGGGGGUAUGCCCCCUCCAAUUUUUCAACUUCUUUUGGCCCCUCCCCGCACACAGAUACACAAUCUAAAUAGUAGGUACCUAAUAUUCAGUGUUGGAGAGGUUUCGCAAGGUUAGGCGGCCAGCUGCAAUGCAAUAAUCGUAUAUGGUGUAUAUGUCCAAAACGUCAACCACAGACGCAACAAACAGACCGCACGCACACGCCGCAUCCACUCAAUAUGACCCUUUAUUGUUACUGAUAGUGAUACGUUAUCACUUUGAGUGUAGUUGGUGACGUCACAGCAGACGAUUUUACGAUUAAAAGGCCUGCAAGUCGUAAAUAAAUUACGUUCAGUGAAA